UUGUUAACAUAUUUCUUUGUUUCAAUUUUAGUCAGUUUAUCUCUUUAUUCCUUUAUUUCGUUCUUUUCGUUUAUUAGUUCGGUUAUUUACGUCUCUUCCUAUUAUUAUUAUUUCAUUUUUUGUAUUGGAACUUUUGUACUAGUGUACGAUAAUUUUCCUCAUUAUCAGAAUUAUUAUCAGAAAUUUUACAGGAGAUCCCAUACAUUAAGUACAAUGAAAGAAGCUCAUAAUACGAACGAUCUCAAUAUUUUUGAUUUGUAUGUAAUAUUUUCUUUUGAAUGUUUGUUACCUCAUCAUUUAAUUUAUUCGUUUGUAUUAUUUAAUAUUACUUAUUUAGUUUUAUUGUAAGU